AUGUCGCUUCAAGCCAUCAAAUAUGCCAACAAUCAGUUGCAAAUCAUAGAUCAGCUGCAACUCCCGUUUAUUACCGAAUACAUUCCAAUUCGUUCUGCGCAAGAUGGUUGGCAUGCAAUCAAAGAAAUGCGCGUUCGUGGCGCACCCGCUAUUGCGAUUGUUGCGAUCCUGUCGCUUGCGGUCGAGUUGAGCGAGUUACAAACUGCCGGGAAAUUGUCGUCUUCGUCGGAAGAGGUUGGCCUAUUCAUUAUCGAAAAGCUACACUACCUUGUCACCAGCAGGCCGACUGCGGUCAACUUGGCUGAUGCGGCGCUCAAAUUCGAACGUACGGUGACUGAGCACAUCCAAACUCAGCUUUCUACGGGACAGUCACUCGUUGCAGCGUAUCUUAAGGAAGCUGAGUUGAUGCUGGUUCAUGAUCUUAGCGACAACCAGAACAUCGGCGCAUAUGGAGCAAAAUGGAUUCUUGAACGAGCAGCGGCGCAAGGACAGAGCAAAGUCAAUGUGCUUACUCAUUGCAACACAGGAUCGCUCGCGACUGCAGGUUAUGGCACAGCAUUGGGCGUUAUCCGAUCGCUUCACGCAGGAAAGGCUUUAAACCGCGUCUAUUGCACAGAGACCAGACCUUACAACCAAGGUGCGCGGUUGACUGCAUAUGAACUAGUACACGAGAAGAUGCCUGCAACCCUAAUUACGGACUCGAUGGCCGCCUCUUUACUUGCCAAAACCGAAUCAAAAGUGUCGGCCAUUGUUGUGGGCGCAGACCGGGUGGCCGCCAACGGCGAUACUGCGAACAAGAUUGGAACAUACGCUCUCGCCGUACUGGCGAAGUAUCACGGUGUUAAAUUCCUAGUGGCCGCACCACGCACAACUAUUGAUCGAGGAACUCCGUCGGGAAAUGAAAUCGUGAUCGAAGAACGUGCCCCGUCGGAGGUGACAACCAUCAAAGGUCCCUUGCAGGGGCGCGUGGGAGACACUUUGCAGAUGGAGACUAUCCAACUGGCAGCCACCGGCAUAGAUGUAUGGAAUCCUGCAUUUGACGUCACGCCGGCAGCUCUUAUCGAUGCCGUUAUCACCGAGAAAGGGGUAGUCGAAAAAGGUUCAGACGGGUUUUUUUAUUUCGACGCGCUCUUCGACGAAUCGGCUUCUUCGUGA